ACGUGUUUGGACACCAAAAAAAGGAAAGGAAGAAAAAGUUGGUGAGGGAGCCACCCCGAGCGACUUUCCUGGGCGAGGAAGAGCUGUCUCCCCCGGUUUCCAGUAACGUGCCACCCAGCUGCGCUGGCCACAGCGGGGCUGUGGGUGAGAGGCCCCGUACCCCACUUCAGGGCUCUUCCUCCAGCACCGUGUGUCCUCGUCCUCCUAGGGCUAUCACAGGACACAGCAGAGCCCUGAGCCAAGCAAGGUGGGAAGAUGGCCGAGAAACUGGUGUCCGGAGACCUGUUCCUGAGGAAGGCCCGGGAAUCGGUGUCAUCCCUGGACUCGGAUAAGCUGGCACCCAUCUCACCCGAGGCAGGAGGAGAGGAGUCAUCCGACAGUGAAGGGGAGCAGGAGGACAGUUCCCACAAGCUCAUCCGGAAGGUGUCCACGUCUGGGCAGAUGAGGAGCAAGAAAAGUGUGAAGGAGGGGCUGUUACUGAAGCAGACGAGCUCCUUCCAGAGGUGGAAGAGGCGAUACUUCAAGCUGCGGGGCAGGACGCUGUACUAUGCCAAGGACUGCAAGUCUCUGAUCUUCGAUGAGGUCGACCUAUCUGAUGCCAGCGUGGCGGAGACCAGCACCAAGAACAUCAACAACAGCUUCACGGUGAUCACGCCUUUCCGGAAGCUCAUCUUAUGUGCAGAGAACCGCAAGGAGAUGGAAGACUGGAUCAGUGCCCUGAAGUCUGUCCAGAAGUGGGAAAUCCAUGAGGCCACGCAGUUCAACAUGGAGCACUUCUCGGGCAUGCACAACUGGUACGCCUGCUCCCACGCCAGGCCCACCUUCUGCAACGUGUGCCGCGAAGCCCUCUCAGGGGUCACCUCCCAUGGCCUAUCCUGUGAAGUCUGCAAGUUCAAGGCCCACAAGCGCUGUGCAGUGAGAGCCACCAACAACUGCAAGUGGACGACCUUGGCCUCCAUCGGCACAGAAAUCAUCGAGGAUGAGGACGGGGUGGCCAUGCCCCACCAGUGGCUGGAGGGGAACCUGCCCGUCAGCGCGCGCUGUGCCGUGUGUGACCGGACCUGUGGGAGUGUCCGGAGGCUGCAGGACUGGCGGUGUCUCUGGUGCAAGGCCAUUGUUCACAGCGCCUGCAAGGAGCUCUUUGGGAAGAGGUGCCCCCUGGGCGCGUACAAAGUUUCCAUCAUCCCACCAACCGCUUUGAACAGCAUCGAUUCAGACGGUUUCUGGAAGGCCACCUGCCCCUCAUCCUGCUCCAGCCCACUCCUGGCCUUCGUCAACUCCAAAAGCGGGGACAACCAGGGCGUCAAGUUUCUGCGCAAGUUCAAGCAGUUCCUCAACCCGGCCCAAGUCUUUGACCUCAUGAAUGGCGGCCCGCACCUCGGGCUGCGACUCUUCCAGAAGUUUUCCACCUUCCGGAUCCUGGUGUGUGGGGGAGACGGCAGCGUGGGCUGGGUCCUCUCUGAAAUCGAUGCCCUUGGCCUGCACAAGCAAUGCCAGCUGGGUGUCCUACCCUUGGGGACCGGCAAUGACCUGGCACGGGUGCUGGGCUGGGGCAGCCUGUGUGAUGAUGACACCCAGCUGCUGCAGAUCCUGGAGAAGCUAGAAAGGGCCACCACAAAGAUGCUGGACCGGUGGAGCGUGUUGACCUAUGAGGCACCCAAGCAAUCUCCCCCAGCUGUGAAGGAGGAGGAGAAUGGGGACUCCAACAUCCAGGCCCAGAUCUCCCACUACGCCGACUCCGUUGCCUUCCACCUGGCCAAGAUCCUGGAGUCCGACAAGCACUCGGUGGUGAUCUCGUCUGCAAAGUUCCUGUGUGGCACCGUGAAUGACUUUGUGGCUGAAGUCGGCAGGGCUUACAAGAGAGCUACUGAGAACAAGCAGGAGGCUGAGCUGAUGGCACGGAAGUGCGCCAUGCUGAACGAGAAGCUGGACUCGCUGGUGCGGGAGCUGAACGAUGAGGCUCAAGCCAUCACGGUCCCUGAGGGAAUGUCGCAGGCCAUGCCGGCUGAUGCCAAGGACCACGACAAAGAAAGUGGCUUCAACCCUAGCCCUGUGCCUCGCAUUUUCAAAUCCAAGGAGCAACUCAUGCUGCGGGCAAACAGCCUGAAGAAAGCCCUGCGGCAAAUCAUUGAGCAAGCAGAGAAAGCUGUGGAUGAGCAGAACAAGCAGACCCAAGCCUACUGUGGCACCAUGGGCCCCACCAAGAAGGACAGCUCGGAGGAGUGCAACAAGGAGGCGGAGAGGCUCAGCUCCCGGCGAGAGACAGUGACCUCUGCAACCUCCUCCAUCAUCCUCGACAGGCCUGACACCUUCGGCACUUUGCAGUUCCCUGAAGACCCCAGCGCCCUCCAAUUCUCGGAGAAAUGUGUCAUGAAUAACUACUUUGGCAUCGGCCUGGAUGCGAAGAUCUCUCUGGAGUUCAACAACAAACGAGAUGAGCAUCCCAAGAAAUGCAGCAGUCGCACCAAGAAUAUGAUGUGGUAUGGGGUGCUGGGCACGAAGGAGCUCCUGCAGCGCACCUACAAGAACCUGGAGCAGCGAGUGCAGCUGGAGUGCGACGGGGUGCCCAUCUCCCUGCCCAGCCUGCAGGGCAUUGCUGUCCUCAACAUCCCCAGCUAUGCUGGGGGCAUCAACUUCUGGGGAGGCACCAAGGAGGACAACAACUUUGGGGCUCCAUCCUUUGAUGACAAGAAGCUGGAGGUAGUGGCCGUCUUCGGCAGCAUCCAGAUGGCUGUGUCACGAGUUAUCAAUCUCCAGCACCACCGCAUAGCUCAGUGCCGUAUGGUGAAGAUCACAAUCCGGGGGGAUGAGGGCGUCCCAGUGCAGGUGGAUGGAGAAGCCUGGAUCCAGCCACCAGGAAUCAUCAAGAUCCAGCACAAGAACCGAGCCCAGAUGCUGACAAGAGAUCGGGCCUUUGAAAACACCCUCAAGUCCUGGGAGGACAAGCAGAAAGGGGAGAGCUACCGAGCAGCUGCCCGGCCUCGGCUCAGCUCCCAGCAGUCCAUGGAGUACCUGACCGAUGAGGAAACUGGCCUCUUGCUGCAGGUCUCGCAGGUUGCUGAGACCCUCAUUGCCAGGAUCCACGAGGCAGCCAAGGCUCACAAAGCCAUGGAGCAGGAGCUGGCCCACGCCGUCAACACCAGCUCUCUGGCGCUGAGUGAGACCCUGUCCAACAAAGCCGCUAACAGCCCGGAGCUUGGGGCCCAGGCACUCAGGACUCCCUCCCGNNNNUUCCUGGAAGGGAAGGUGGUGAGUGCAGGGUCGGAGAGCACCCCAAGCCCCCCAGUGGAGGGGUCCUCGCUGGAGGAGGGUACCGGGCCCUUGGCCAGUGCCCCAGCUCAUGGCAGAGGGGCUGGGGACGGUCCCUGUCCCCUGCAGCUGGACUCACCGCAGGAGGAGGAGGCACUGCACGGUCCCCUGAGCGUGCUCGGCCAGGAGCUGCAGAGGCUGCUAGACAUCCACUGGCUGGCCCCCAUUGCCCACUCUGCUGAGGAGGAAAACGUUGGGACAGCCAACAAGGGCAGCUUCAAGCUUCGCCUCAACAUCCCCAAGCCCAGGAAAGAUAAAGACAAGGUGCCAAAGCAGAAAUCCAACAGCGUCCUCCCAGCAGACAAGUGGGGCUCCGAGGAGGUGGCAGCUUGGCUGGAAUCACUUGGUUUAGGGGAGUACAGAGACAUUUUUGUCCGCCAUGACAUCCAGGGCUCUGAGUUGAUCCUGCUGGAGAGGAGAGACCUGAAGGACCUGGGGAUCACCAAAGUGGGCCACAUGAAGAGAAUCCUCCAGGCCAUUAAGGAGCUCAGCAGCACGCCCUAGAACGAGGGCUCAGCAUGGCAGCCGAGCCUGCGCACUGGGUCCCUGUCCCAGGACCUCUAGCCCCUAGGGACUGGUGCCCAGGGGCUGGGUGCCAGAAGGGGGGGAAGCCCAGAUCCCCAGUGUGCCUCAUGUGUGUGGAGCCCCCCAUGCUUGCCUUGCUUUGUCUGUUCGUUCCCUAGCAUCCCUGGAGCCACUGCUUCUCCCCAAGCCUGUGGGGCUGGAGACACUAAUGUGGAGGUAUGGUCUGGUAGGCGAUGUGGCAUGGCAUGCCUCGCAGUCCGGCCCACAGUAGGCUCACUACAGGAACCAGAGGGUCUAGACUACUGUAUGUAGGCCCAAGCUGGGGCCAAAGCAAGGACUCCCUUCCUCCCCCAUGUGGGUAUUUAAGCUGUGUAAAUACUUGGAGAAAAGAUAUUUAUUGCUGCUG